CAUUUGAAUUCUAAGAAUUACACUUGUAACUUUUAUUAAAACCCGGAAAAAUGACUGAAGUCCAACUACAAGAGUUCAAACUUGACCCUGACUCGGAGCUCCGCUUCGAAGUGGAAUCUAAGAACGAAAAAGUGGUUUUAGAGGUAAAAAGCGGUUACGCGGAGUUAUUCGGCACAGAACUUGUGAAGGGGAAGCCUUAUGAGUUCCAUACGGGUGCUAAAGUGGCCGUAUUCACGUGGCAUGGUUGUACAGUGGAACUUAGAGGAAAAACUGAGGUGGCUUAUCUUGCCAAAGAAACUCCUAUGGUAAUAUAUCUCAACGUCCAUGCAGCAUUAGAACAACAGAGAGUCUCAGCAGAACAAGAAAACACAAGAGGUCCAGUAGCCAUGGUUGUAGGACCGGGCGAUGUUGGAAAGUCGACUCUAACCCGCCUCCUACUGAAUUACGCUGUCCGUAUGGCUCGGAGGCCUAUUUAUGUAGAUUUGGAUGUUGGACAAGGUUCUAUUAGCGUACCUGGCACUAUUGGUGCCCUCCUCGUAGAAAGACCAGCAUCAAUAGAAGAAGGAUUUAGCCAGCAAGCACCUCUAGUCUAUCACUUCGGUCACAUGUCCCCGGGUGACAAUUUAGAAUUGUACAACACCAUAGUGUCUAGGUUAGCGGAAGUCAUAGCUGAGAGGUGCGAGAAUAAUAAGAAAGCGUCAACAUCGGGUGUUAUAAUCAACACGUGCGGAUGGGUUAAAGGUGCUGGUUACAAAGUGCUCACACAUGCGGCUCAAGCAUUUGAAGUAGAUGUAAUAUUGGUAUUAGACAACGAGAGGUUGUUUAUUGAGCUCAAGCGAGACAUGCCCAAGUUCGUGAAGGUCGUCUAUCUGCCCAAGAGCGGCGGGGUGGUUGAGAGAUCUUCGUCGCAGCGCGCCGAAGGCCGCGACGCCCGCAUCCGCGAAUAUUUCUACGGCAAACGUACACCGUACUACCCCCACUCAUUUGACGUCAAAUUCACCGAUCUCAAGAUAUACAAGGUGAGUUAAGUUUCGUUGUUUUGU